AUGGUGGAUUUUUCGGAUUCAGUUUCACCAAUCUCAACCUUAUCAAAUACACCCAAGUAUGGCUCCAACCCAACAACAGUUCUUACUUCGCUCACUUAUAUAGACAAGCAAUGUGCCAAACUACUCACAAUUCACAAUUUCCUCUUAGAAACCUCGUCUACACUCACCGCCACCGCUACCACCACCGCCACCGCCAUGGCGGUUGAAAAGUGCAGCCUCCACAAGGACAGGCGAAGGAAGCGCAUCCGGCAGUGCUGCGCCGGCUUCCUUAUCUUAAGCUUCAUCAUUCUCCUUGUCGUCCUCAUCGUCUGGGCCAUCCUCCAGCCUAAGAAACCCCGGUUCAUCCUCCAGGACGCCACCAUCUUUUUACUCAACGUCUCCGCUCCCAAUAUCAUCUCCACCUCCAUCCAAGUCACCAUCAAUUCUCGCAACCCCAACUCCAGAAUCGGCAUAUAUUACGACAAAUUAGACGUCUACGCCACCUACCACAGCCAGCAAGUGACCUACUAUACCAUCAUACCUCCGGUGUAUCAGGGCCACAAGGACGUAAACAUCUGGUCACCUUUUGUUUACGGGAACGACGUGCCGGUGGCGCCGUACAAUGGUCUAGCCUUGAGCCAGGAUCAGUCUAAUGGGGCUAUUUUUAUGGUUUUCAAGAUGGAUGGCCGUGUUAAAUGGAAAGUUGGAUCGUUUGUCUCCGGCCGGUACCACCUCCACGUUUCCUGUCCGGCUUAUAUUCCGAUCGGAAAUAGCCGGAAUACUGGAAUUGUCGUGGGCACCGCAGUUAAGUACCAGCUAUCACAGGGUUGUAGAGUCAGCGUGUGAAUCGUGUGAUCUGCAAGAAUAAAAGCCAACUUAUAUUCUCUCUAUCAGCAGUUAAUAAAUUUUUUUUCCUACUUUUUUUUUUUUUUGGGUUUUAAUUAAUCUUCCGUGAAGCAUAUGAUUAUAGGGCGAUGAAUUGUACAUUUUGCUGAUCAAUAAGAUUAAGAAGCAAAAUUACAAUUGUAAGAAAGUAUAAAAAAAUGUUCAAUAAUUGUUUCUUGAUUAGUAAAGUCAAGUGAGUAUUUAGUGGGAAGUUAAUAUGUCACUUUCCUUCAUUAUCUUGCAUUAAAGAUUGAUAAGAUUUCUCGUGUUUUAUAGAAAAGUUA